ACCGAGCAGAGAUCAUCAGACAGCCGGAGGAGACGGUCGGCCUCAGCAGCGUAGACCAUCGAGCAUAAUGGACUGACUUACAUCAGUGUUUGAGGCGAUGUUCAGAUUUGUUUGCCAUGGAAACAGAUAUGAUCCCGAAAUUCUCCUCCAAAGACGAGGAAAUUGACUUCUGGAAGACUCUGUCCCUCAAGUACAAGACAGGCUGCCAGGAGGCUCAGGAGGAGCUGCUGGAGUUUCAGGAGGGGAGCAGGGAGCUGGAGGCCGAGCUGGAGGCCCAGCUGGGUCAGGCCGAGCAUCGUAUAAAGGACCUGCACUCUGAGAACCACAGACUGAAGAAUGAGGUCGAAACACUUAAGGAGAGGCUGGAGCAGCAGUACUCUCAGAGCUACAAGCAGAUCUCCAUGCUAGAGGACGACCUCGGCCAAACGCGCAGCAUCAAGGAGCAGCUCCACAAAUACGUCAGAGAGCUGGAACAGUCCAACGAUGACUUGGAGAGAGCCAAAAGAGCUACGAUUGUGUCUCUGGAGAACUUCGAGCAGCGUCUGAACCAGGCCAUUGAGAGGAACGCCUUCCUGGAGAGCGAGCUGGAUGAGAAGGAGUCUCUUCUGGUCUCUGUGCAAAGAUUAAAGGAUGAAGCCAGAGACUUGCGGCAGGAGCUGGCUGUGCGAGAGAGACAGUCGGACGUAACCAGGAUGUCUGCUCCGAGUUCGCCCACACAAGACAGUGUAAAGAUGGACACUGCUGUGCAGGCCUCUCUCUCCCUCCCUGCCACCCCGCUGGGCAAAGGUCUGGACAACGCCUUUGCCAACCCGGCAGUGCUAUCAAAUGGUUAUGGCAGCAACUCUCCACUGACUCCCUCUGCCAGAAUAUCAGCCCUCAACAUCGUCAGUGAUUUACUGCGGAAAGUCGGGGCUCUGGAGUCAAAACUUGCCGCUUGUAGGAACUUUGCCAAGGACCAGAAAGCCAGGAAGGCAUACGCUCUCGACAACAGCAAUGCGCUCAACGCAAACACAGCCAAGUACUCGCAGUCGCUCCACACAUCAUAUUUCGACAAAGCCAGAAGGAACGUGAAUGGACUGGAACCCGGUACCCUGACAGCCAUCACCGUCCCUCCCACUGCCACCUCCCCAGGCUUAGUGCCCCUCGCUGUGUGACGGUAACCCCCCCCCCCUCAAACCCAACACACCUCGCCUGCGACAGAAAGAUCACAUUCAAGAAGAGAUGAGUCCAGACAAAGAGGGAACACAAAUGGCUAAUACUGUAAAACUCUGUUGUAGUUUUACCCUGGGUGCUCUC